UCUAUCAAUGUGUGUGCCUCCCAAGGUCCGUUCUGUGACGCGCGGGAAUCUGUUUUGACAGCGUGGCGUGGCAGUGACCGAGCCGAGAGAAGUCGACCCUCACAGCUGCCGGGCUGGGACUGAAACCCAUGCCGCUGCCGCCAGACAGAGCGCUGUCCGCCCUCUGUGGUGCUGAACCUCAGGACCCGACCCUGCGACAGGUGACGUAGAGCUCAUCUAAGAGACUCAAGUGAUAAAGAAGAAGAAGAAGAAGAAGAAGAAAGCAACAGCAAAGCUGCACAAAGACUUUAUGUGUGUGGAUUUGAAGCAGGUUAAAAACAGAAGAAAGUGAAAGCAGGGAGAGGAAGUGAUGGCCGGACUCCCCCCCCGCCCUCGGCGUCGCUGCAGCGGUGUGAGCACAGCAGUGCGCUGCCGCCUCGUACCGGAACCCAGCGGAGCCUCCGUAGGAGGAGAGUCAGAGAUAAGUGAGUGGCGGUUGACGGUUCGUUGCGCGUGGACUGGAGCGCGGCAAGCUCCCUGUCUGACCUAGCGCUCCUGGGGAGCACGCGGACCUCCUUGGCGCGCAGGCUGAUACUGACAGCACCUUUGGGCGCACUGGACUUCAGCGAGGUGAAUGUUGACGACACCAUUGAAAUGUUACCAAAAUCAAGAAGAGCUCUCACUAUUCAAGAGAUUGCUGCGUUAGCAUGAUCCUCCCUGCAUGGUAUUUCCCAGGUGGUCAAGGACCAUGUGACGAAGCCUACAGCCAUGGCACAGGGCAGAGUAGCCCAUCUAAUAGAGUGGAAAGGCUGGUGCAAGCCUAUAGACACUACAGCGGCCCUGGAAUCAGACUUCAACUCCUAUUCUGACCUCACUGAAGGAGAGCAGGAGGCACGCUUUGCUGCUGUUGAAGAGGAGAACUCAGAGUUCUGGAGGUCACAGGCAAGGAAGACACUGCAGGCAGCACUAGACAGGAAGCUGAACACCAACGUUGCCAAGAACAUCCUGUUUUUCCUUGGAGAUGGUAUGGGACUCACAACCCUCACAGCAGCUCGUAUUCUCAAGGGACAGCUGGAGAACGAGUCAGGGGAGGAGACAGUGAUGACCAUGGACACCUUCCCCAAUGUGGGGCUGGCCAAGACCUACAGUGUGGACUUCCAGGUUGCAGACAGUGCAGCCACAGCCACAGCAUAUCUGUGUGGGGUGAAAACCAACCUGAACAUCGUUGGAGUGAAUGCGGCGGGUCGCAACGGAGUAUGCAGAACUCAGAAGGGCAACGAGGUGACGUCCAUCUUGAAGUGGGCCAAAGAUGCUGGCAAGUCUGUGGGCAUCGUAACAACCACGAGGGUGCAACACGCCACCCCAGCAGGCAGCUACGCCCACAGUGCCAGCAGGACGUGGUACAGUGAUGCCGAUAUGCCUGAUUCUGCCAAGAAGGACGGCUGCACGGAUAUCUCAUUCCAGCUCAUCAACAACACAGACAUUGAUGUGAUCAUUGGCGGCGGUAGAAAGUACAUGACCCCUACUGGUACCAAGGACCCUGAAUACCCCACAGACUACUUGUCAAACGGUGAAAGAAUGGAUGGGCGUGACCUGAUCAAAGAGUGGCAGAACUUAAAAACUGGGAAGGUUGCCCACUAUGUGUGGAAUAAAGCAGAUUUUGACGCUGUUGACCCUGAGAUCACUGACUACCUCAUGGCUCUGUUCGAACCUGGUGAUCUCCGCUACGAGGAGGAGAGGGACCCGAGCAUGGAUCCGUCCAUCGUCGAGACCACAGAAAAGGCCAUCCGCAUCCUACAGAAAAACCCUAAAGGCUUCUUCCUGUUAGUGGAGGGUGGGCGUAUUGACCAGGCUCACCAUGCUGGGCGGGCCUCCAUGGCCCUGCAUGAGGCGGUUGCUUUUGACCGCGCUAUCGCUAAGGGCCUCGAACUCACCGAAGAGCAUGAAACUCUCACUGUAGUGAUGGCUGACCACUCUCAGCCUCUUACCUUCAAUGGCUUCCCCUUUCGUGGGAACAGCAUUCUGGGUAAAUCUCCACUGUGGGCAAGUGACAUGUUGCCUUAUACCACGCUCAUGUACGGCAAUGGACCCGGGCACAAAAUCGUUAAUGGCGCACGCCCUGACAUCCGCAAUGUUGACACCAAAUCUAAAGACUACAUCCAGCAGGCAGCUGUCCCCGUAGAUACAACAACCCACAGUGGAGAGGAUGUGGCAGUGCUGGCCCGUGGACCCAUGGCCCACCUCUUCCAGGGUGUCAACGAGCAGAACUAUAUUGCCCAUGCCAUGGGCUACGCUGCCUGUGUGGGUGCUGACCUAAGGCACUGUGAGGGGCAGACUGCACCACCUUUGGUUCACAUAAGCCUUGAAUAUAACAAGAACGGGGCCGGAGCAGUUAGUGCCUCAGCAGCUUUGCUCGGUAGCUUCCUGAGCAUGCUGUUGGCCAUCACAGUCCUCAUGUAAGAUCAUUUUCUUCGCUGAUCUGAUCUGCAGUCAGAGGUCAGCACCAUAAAACAGUGCGAAUGGGUUCAGUGAUCUGCUCAAGGACACUUCAGCACGGAUGUGCACUAGUGUGGCUUCUUGCACCAGGGUUAUCUUGCAGCCUGCAAAGCGUCGUGAUCAGACAGAGUGAAUCAAGUCACAGAAAUCAUUAACUGACAUGAGGACUGUCACUCCCGCAGUGACUGUAAAGAAUUAUUAUGAAAUGUAAGCUCAUCAACCAUCUACGUUGGCAGUCUGUUGAAUCCCUGUGCUAUACCAAUAAAGCAGCCCUUCCCUAGAGAGUUGGCUUGCCAGUUUAUUGAUAUAAAUUAUUUAAACAUACCAACGAUCUCAUUUGUUGACAUUUUUGGCUUUAUCAGAAUGACUAAUCUUCAUUAUCUGACCUUGUUUCCACAGUAAAACAAAGGAAAACAAUCCCUCUGCCACAUUUACAUACACAUGAGUGAAAGCUUUAAGAACAAAGUGAACAAAGCUGAUAUUUUUUGCAUUAUAUUUCACAUUUUUAAACGUGCUACGGAUCAUAACUGGCAGCAUAAUUAAAGAAACAAGUCUACAUUUUGGCAAAAUGUGCUAAAUGGCAUCCUUGCUAAAGGAGUCAGAUGAAUUUGUGUAGAGGCUAAAACAACAAAACAAACAACAAAAACAAACACAUUGCUGAAACUAGCCUUGCUACCAGCCUUAGUGCUAAGCUAAUGAAAUCUUCUGCUGACUUUAGCUUCUCUCAUCUAAUUCUUGGCUGAAAGAGGAAACACGUAUAUCUCUUAAAAAUAUGAAACUGUUCCUUUCACCUAAGUUCAU